AUGGAUGUUGACACCCUCUCGGCACACGCAGACCGCCAUGUCCAAAUCAAAUCCAAGAUCAUCUGCACAAUCGGCCCCAAAACUCAAUCCGUCGAAAUGCUCGGCAAACUCGUCGCCGCCGGCAUGAACGUCAUGCGCAUGAACUUCUCACACGGAAGCCACGAGUACCACCAAAAAACCGUCGAAAACAUCCGCACCUACCUCGCCAACGCCAAAUCCCCCAAAUCAGUCGCCAUCCUCCUCGACACAAAAGGGCCCGAAAUCCGUACAGGAAAACUCGUCGGAGGAACCGACAAGAAACUCAAGGCCGGAUCCACAUUCACCUUCCACAACGACGAUUCGGUUUUGGGUGACGAAACCCAAGUCUCAACCUCCUACAAAUCCCUCGCAUCCUCCGUCCACCCGGGCGACCGCAUCCUCGUCGACGACGGCCUCAUCGGCAUGCUCGUCACCUCCAUCAACCCCCAAACCAACACCGUAACAUGCACGAUCGAAAACGACGGCCUCCUCGGCGAAACAAAGGGCGUCAACCUCCCCGGCAUAGAAGUCGAUCUCCCCGCCAUCACCGAAAAAGACGCCUCCGAUAUCGCGUUUGGAGUCGCGCAGGGCGUGGAUUUCAUUGCCGCGAGUUUUAUUCGCAAGGCGAGUGAUGUGUUGGAGAUUCGGAAGCUGAUCGAGGGCACGGGCAUCAAGAUUAUCAGCAAGAUUGAGAACCAGGAGGGGUUGGAGAAUUUCGACGAGAUUUUGGCCGUUAGUGAUGGGAUCAUGGUCGCGAGAGGGGAUUUGGGGGUGGAGAUUCCUGUGGAGCAGGUCGCACGGUAUCAAAAAAUGAUGAUCCGCAAAUGCAACGCGGCGGGCAAACACGUCGUUACGGCCACCCAGAUGCUCGAGUCGAUGAUUGUCAACCCGCGGCCGACGAGGGCCGAGGCGACGGAUGUGGCCAAUGCGGUGCUGGAUGGGAGUGAUUGUGUCAUGUUGAGUGGGGAGACUGCUAAGGGAUCAUUCCCGAUCCUCGCCGUCGAAAUGAUGGCCAAGAUCUGCCGCGAGGCCGAGAUCGACAUCAACUACACCGAGCUGUACCCGUCCAUACGUCGCUCGAUCCGCCUACCCAUCUCUGUCUCGGAGACCAUCGCUUCUUCUGCUGUUAAGACCAGCUGGGAUGUACAUGCCGCUUUGAUCAUCGUGCUUACGCAGACGGGAAACACGGCGAUCGCGAUCUCAAAGUACAGACCGAUUGCGCCCGUGCUUGCCGUCACGUCGUCUCCACAGGCCGCCCGGCAAUGCCAAGUCCUCCGCGGGAUCUACCCGAUGCUGGUGGAAAACAUGGAAGGCACGGAAAACAUCAUCCACCGCGCCAUGCUGUGGGGCGUCAAGAUGGGGAUGGCGACCAGGGGAGACCCCGUCGUCGUCACCAGCGGCGUGCUGGAGUCGAGAAGUGGAAGCACGAAUAUCAUGCGCGUGUUGAGGUGUGCGGGGUUUGAGGUUUAG